AUGGACAUACAUGAAGAUUCCUUGUACCUACUUAAUAAGGAAAAGCUUCCCACAAUUGAGGAGGAACUAUCUUACAAAUCACUCAUCUCAAGAAAGGAAGCCCUCCAGAAGAUCUACAGCCUGCUUGCUGGAGUGAAGGAAAGAGUUGGUCCCGUCGAUCACUGUCCAACUGAAUUCUACAACCUACAUCAAGCAGGAAGUGGCUUGUUGUUGCCAUCGUCGCCAGCGUUAUUUCAGCAACGCUUUCAAUCGCCCAUGAGAUCAUCACACCGAAGAACACUUCUCCUCUUGAGUAACUGCAAUCCAAUUAGGUCCUCUCAGCCAAUCUUGAAGCUCUAUGGCAGUGUGAUAAAAUAUUCCUAA